CAGGGAAGAUUGACACAGCAGUUUCAGCCAAGGCUGCACACAGAAGAGCGUUCAGUGACAGGAUUACACUAUCCGUAAAGGAGGACAAUAAGAGAUUAAAAGGAAGGAAUGAUGAAGAAGUACUGAAGAGGAAAUCACUAAAUGAAAGUAAAAGAGAGGAAGAAGGAAUGAAGCGCUCACACACCACAGCAAUCUAGACGUGCUGGAUAGUUGGAGUUGACAGUGCUAUUGGGACUUUGAGAAGUGAAGUUUCAGCUGACAAGGAAAUUGAAUGGAAACAAGGAAAAUAGUCAUCAAUUAGUAGGUGGUCUGCAGUGGUCUUCUCAGAGGCCCAAGUAUUGCCUGCAUGGUGGAUGGCUGAUCUGUGGGAGUGAUUAGACUCUGGCCUCCCACCCAAACCUCAAAUGAGGGAUUAUUGUUGCCAUGGGAACAAGUAGGUCCAACAGGUACAGCAUUGUGUCAAACAACUUACCAGAGGAGGAGCGUCUGAGGAUCUGCAGCUUGGAUCUCCAUAACGGUCACGGUUCCUCCGACGUCCACUCACAUUCGGCCUGCGACACAGAAUUAGAGGAGAAGCGGAGAAGGAGGAGGCGGAUAGGUGCGUCCGCUGCUGUCCCCAGCACACGGGGACAAGGAGGGAUGAACAACUACAACGGGAGGGUUCUGACAAGGGGCUCCAGCCAGGUACGGAGCCGCUUUGUGAAGAAGAAUGGACAAUGUAAUGUUGUCUUCACUAACAUGGAGGAAAAGAGGCAGCGCUACCUAGCAGACAUCUUCACCACCUGUGUGGACAUCCGCUGGAGAUACCUGCUGUUUAUAUUCUGCACAAGCUUCAUCAUCUCCUGGCUUUUCUUUGGCGUCAUCUUUUACAGCGUCUCGCUUUCCCACGGGGACUUUGAGGAGCACCUCAUGGUGAAGGGUGAAGGAAUAGCAGCGGGCGGGCUGUAUUCACCCAACUCUGGACACACUACAGAAGGACAGACAAAAAGAGUGCCUUGCAUCCUCCAUGUCCAGGGAUUUGUUGGUGCUCUCUUGUUUUCCAUGGAGACACAAACUACCAUUGGCUACGGCUGGCGCUGCAUCACUGAAGAGUGUCCCAUGGCUGUCAUAACAGUGGUUGUUCAGUCCAUCGUGGGCUGUAUCAUUGACUCUUUCAUGGUUGGCACCAUUAUGGCCAAGAUGGCGCGCCCAAAGAAAAGGAACCAGACGCUCGUGUUCUCCAAAAAUGCUGUCAUUUCCCUUCGUGACGGCAAGCUGUGCCUCAUGUGGAGGGUGGGGAACUUGCGCAAGAGCCACAUUGUGGAAGCUCACGUCCGGGCGCAGGUCAUCCGUUCCUACGUCACAGCAGAAGGAGAAUUCAUCCCACUGGAGCAGAUGGACCUCAAUGUGGGCUACGACGAGGGCACAGACAGGUUGUUUCUCGUAUCCCCGCUGGUUAUAGUCCAUGAGAUAGACAAAGACAGCCCAUUGUAUAGUGUAAGCCGAGCUGAUCUGGAGACGGAUGAAUUUGAGGUUGUUGUGAUCCUGGAGGGAAUGGUGGAGGCCACAGCCAUGACCACACAGUUCCGUAGCUCUUACCUUUCCAGGGAGAUCUUCUGGGGCCACAGGUUUGAGCCUGUCAUCUAUGAGGACCGCAACUGCUACAAGGUCGAUUACGCACGCUUCCACAAGACCUACGAGGUCCCGUCAACACCCAACUUCAGCGCCAAAGAGCUCGACGAGAACGCGAGUCGGGCCUCCUCUGUGGUUUCUCCCUUCUCCGCACGCAUGGCUUCAAAAAGCUUGAUCCCUUGUUCGGUCAGUACCUUCUGCUACGAGAACGAGGUCGCGCUGAGCUGCGGGGAAGAAGAAGAAGAAGACAUCUUUGACUCCUCUCCAAUUGUAGGGAAGGAAAGAGCAGAGGAGAGAAGGACUUCUGUGGACUUCCACAAUAUGUUUAAGGAUACUGCCACCAUGACAUCUGGGAGUCACAAUGUCAUGUGUGUUCUGGACAUGGACAAUAACCAGAUGGAAUUUGACAUCUUACAAACAGCCAUUCCACUCGAUCCAGUGACCUAUAAGAACGAGCCAGAGAUUUGAAGAAAUCAAUGAGGAAGCAGAUUGAAUGUCUUUUCUGUUUUGUUUUCAUUGCAUGACAUUGGGGAUUUGAUAUCGAGAAAUCAAAACUCCUUUUGUCUUGUCAGAAUAAUUUAAAGUAAAUCAAAAGAGUCGUGGGGAUUUUCUUAUUAGGAAUAGAGUGGAAUUUCUAAGGUAGAACAAAAAUUGUGAACCAAAGUUUCGCACUGGAAAUAAUUGAUUCUUGCAUCAAACUGUUACUGUCCUAAAGUCUUGAUCAAAUGGGCAUGUACUUUUUUUUCUGACUAAAAUCUUAAGAUUCCUAACUGUCAUAGAAGUGUAAAAGCAAUCAAUUGCAUAGCCUCAGUUUGACUUUGGCAGUUCCAAUGUAAAGAAAAGGCAAAUCUUUGAGGGCACAGACCCUUGGCUCUUCUUUAUGUCACAACCAAAGAAAAGCACACGUUGAGUCGUUUGACUUCAGUGUGAAUGCGACAUUCUAUAAAAUGUUUUAAUGACAUAUUCCUUUUUGAGGAGGACCAAAUUCAAGGUAGAAAUGUUUUAUUUCAUGACUUUUAUGAUUUUGUGUUCAUUCUAAUGGUGUUCUCUGAGUCAUCUGUUGUCAACAUUCCACCUUAUGCAUGUGAAAUCUCUUGCUGUAAAUAAGGGAUGAGAGGACCCCAAAUGAAAGAACAUUUUCUUACAGGCACAAGACAUGAAAAUUGUUGACAAACUGAAGUAAAUAUUAAGCAUCCAGUCUGUUUAUAGGACUGAGAUAUAUACAAUAUUUGUGCUCCUAUGCAUUUUGAAGAAAUAUUCAGAGUAAGGCAGGGCUGUGCACCCAGAGUUGGUGAUCCAGUGCCUUGCUCAGUGGCAUUUCUCCAACUUGUCCCACUUUCCACAUUACAAUUUGUUUUCAAAAAGUGAAACACCGAACAUCGCUGAGUCACGAGGAUACAUUAGCUUCUAUCACAGCAUGCAGCUUUGGGUUACGGACAGUUUUAGAAUUAUAAAGAUCUCAGUCAUGAUAUAAAGUCUUUGUAAAACGUAACAGAAGGGAUGAAGUUAGAGUGAAGCCUCUAGAAAUGUGCACAAGGGACAUGAAUGAAAACAAAGUUCAAGGUUUGCCAUUGUGUUCAAUGUUGUUUGUGAUGGUUUUGUUCUGUUUUUAAGCUGCCGGCGCUUUAAAAGCAACAUUCAACAUACAGAAAUUAGCCAGUGGAAAAAUACAGAAUUGUGAAUCCUUGUCUCAUCUGUGGUAUAUUAAUGUUCACGCAGUACUGAAUUUAUAUUUUCACUUUGUCACUUUGUCAUUGAUUCACUUUUUGUGUUGUGCAAAUGUGGAUUUGCGAGAGAUUGUGAAGAGUAUGUGUGCUCAUGAGCAACAAAUGUGUAAGCAGUCACUUUAAAAUAUGUUAUUGUUUAUUUUUGUAGUGCUGAAGUAGAGGGUAAAAACAGCUCUCUUGUACACGCAUGCUUGCUGUCAGCCACAAUGGUAAAAUGCUGUAGGCAAAAACCUCAAAGAGCCUGUCUUUUGAUUACUACAGUACAGUUCAGUACUGUAUAUUCAUACGAUACUAUUAUUAUUUCUUAUCAAGAAACUAAUCAAGGACACCAACUGCAAGCUUUUGAUGUGGCAUUAUUACAAUAAUACAUUUUUAAAUAGCAAUGGCAAUCAUAGGCUGGUGUGUGGGAAAUAACUGUAAAAAAAAAGAAAGAAAGAAAGAAAUAUUAUAUAUAUAUAUAUAUUUUGUUUACAAUGCACUUUAAUAUUGGAUGUUUACGUUUCAAUGUUAUGAAUAAAUCUUUGAAUUAUUGUUGCUGUUGCAUUCUGUGUCACUAGAUGUCACUGCAGCUAUUUACAGUGGAGGCCCACUGACGCUAACACAAAACUGGGGCCCAGAAUUUUUG